ACUGAACAAAAGAAAAAAUUUCUAUAGCUAUGAUUGAGAAUGUUUCUCUGGCCGUGUUGGUGCUGGCAGCCCAAGCGGCCGCAAAUUGAUUUGGCCAACGUCAGUUGCCGUUUAGAAGCCGCCGUGUUUAGACCGCAAAACGUGCAAAAGAAGCAGCCAAACAAAACGCGCAGAGAACUAGGAAAAUAGUAAAGUAAAAAAUAAAAACAGAAAUCUGAAAUCUGAAAUCAACAUCAACAAAGUGCGAAUAUCGAUGGGCAAGUGGAAUUGAGAGACGAUAACCAACUUCAACAAUGAGUUGUUGCCGUUGUUUCGUGUGCCAGCAACAACAAAGCUUAACAAUAAAACUAAGCUAACUGUGAAUUGAAGAUACAAAUCAAAAACCAACAACAACAACAACAGCAACAAUAUCCACUUAAGAAGUGGCACAUCAUUUCAGUAAAUAGAAAACGAAACCGAAACGAACUGAAACCGUUCGAACUGUUGGCUCUUAGUCCAGUUUAACUAUGGCCAGCAAACAGUUGUCUCUUCGAAUUCUGUGUCUUUUGCUCACGUUCUGCUGUCAGCAGAUCCUCGGCCAGGACGACCCGGAUGCCCAGCAAUUGCAAGCACUUAGACCACGAGGUCGCAUACGCAUUGCGGAUAUGCAAAUGCCGCAGGCACCACCACCACCAGCACCGCCCAUGCUUGGCCACGGCCCAAUCAACUGGCCUGGCUAUGGUCCAGCUGUGCCCAAUGCUAUGCCAGCGCCUGGGGCAAUGCCCAUGCCGGCCAGCUCCACGGUGCACACGCAUAUUCCGCUUCUGCGUGAGCAGCUGGAAAGCAAUACGCCAAGCGAGGGGCGUAUACAAGAUGCCGUGGUGUACGGCAACUGGAAGGCGGAGCAUCCACAGAUACCUGACGUCGGCGAGGAGCCACCUAAGCAACGCAAAUAUGGGCGACUCGAGGCCAUGCUAAUGGGCAUGCCAGCUGAAGCUAGCGAAAGGCGUGACUCAUCCAGCGAGGAGCUGCCACCGGACACAGAGAGACGCACUGCAGCUGUUGGCUAUCAGAAUCCAUAUGCACGUCCUGAUAGCUUCGAGCGUUCGCAGGAAUCACGCGGUCGCUGGCGCAUACCGUCGUCCAAUAUACCGUCUCAGCUGCAGCCACAGCCGCAGCCGCAGCCGCAGCCACAGCCAUCACCGAUUGAGGUGGUGCGCAUGAAUGCAACGGAUCCUUUGAUGCGAGCCAUGGCCAAGCAAAUCAACGAGUCCAUUGAGACAACGACAUCCAUACACAAGCGACAGCAUGUCCAAACCACCGAGGACAACUGGAUGCCACUGCCCUAUCCAUAUCCUACGCGAAGUUUUGAGAGCACGCAGCCAGUGCCCAGAGUGGGCCCAGCAGUAAGCAGCACAGCAGGGCCCACGCAGAGCUCUAGCCUUGCCACGGAGUCCACCACAGUGGCGCUCAAUUGGCCCACAGACUUUCUAGAUGCCACGCCCAGCAGCACAGAGCGCAUUUACACGGAUGCCAGCAGCAGCAGCAGCAUCGAUCGAAUCGAUCACGUUGACAACAUCGAUCGCUUUGACGAUGACCUCGAUGACUAUAAAUACUACGAGGAAAGUCUAAACUCUGCCCAGAUGCACAGCGAGCUAAGCGUGCCAGAGACGCUGUUGCCACAGCUGCCACUCAACAUAACGCGCGUGGGCAUUCCCUACGAGGAACGCAACUCAGCCGAGGAGCCGACUAUCUGUGUGCCACUCACCGUAUCGGAGACAGCCACGGAGAGCACGACUGCCGUGCUAGUAGAAGUCGAGCGCGUCUACUGCUUCCCGCUGCCUAAAGUUGAGAUAAAAACAGGUAAAGUUCGACAGCAACUCGUGCCACAGCCAGCGGAGCACGAGCAUGCCAAUGUCUCAUCUAUGGACAUGGAUCAGCCGCAGCCAGAGCUAACUGCAGCUGCCAGUCAUCCGACCAGCUGUGCAUUGCUCCUCAUCAUCUGGAGCUGCAUCUUGGUUCAUUUAUAGUCUACUUAACGCGAUGUCCAAUCGCUGCAUAUACACUCAGGGCCUAUUUGUAAUUAGAAAUUCGAAAAAUAUUUAUUUACACCAUUAAAGCUGAA